AAACAUGUCAAAUAAACAAAAAAGUUAUUUUUAAUUGAUAAACCAUGCCAUUAAAAAGUAUUGUUAGUUAUGAAAUAAGCAUCCUGUAGUAACCAUCUCAAUAAUGGUCGCAUCUAGAGAAGUAGAUCUAAUAUUCUUGCAAUCUGUGGUAGAUCAAACUGAUCCUGGAGAAAAAAUCAUUAAUUAUGAAACCAACUUUGGUACAAAAAGAGGAGAUAAUUACACAUCAAUGGUCUAUCGAGUUUUACUACACGGAGAAAAUGGAUGGAAAAAAUCUAUGGUUUAUAAAUUAUUGCCAAAAAGCGUUCAAGCUAGAGAAAAUUUUAAAUCUGAAAUGUUAUUUGAUAAUGAAAUAAAAUUUUACAAAGUAGCUUAUACAGCUCUACAAGAAUAUCAGGCUACUAAAAACAUUAAAAACCCAUUUGAUAGCGUACCAAAAUGCUAUUUUGCAGAAAAAGAUAUAGUCAUUUUAGAAGACAUGCAGUGUAAAGGUUUUGUGAUGAUGGACAGACAAAAAGGUCUCGAUUUUAAUCAUUGUCAGGCUAUUCUUAGAAUCUUGGGAAAAUUUCACGGCCUUUCUCUAUCAAUGAAAGCAAAUGAACCGGAAAAAUUUAAAAAUUGCGUUUCAGGAGUUGUAAACGAAGUUUACUAUAAAAAAGAUUAUGAAUUGUGGUAUGGUGGAUACUACAAGCAUGCAGUUGAAAGUGCUAAAAAAAUUCUAGAGGCCGAAUUGUCUGAAUCGGAAAAAUCUAAGUAUAUGAUUGCGUUUAAAAGAUUUGUUAACCACAAAUCGUUUUUUGGACAAAUGGCGGAAUUAGUUUUGCCUAGAGGCUCAUUAGAUGUGCUUUGUCAUGGUGAUUGUUGGACGAAUAAUUUUCUUUUCCAAUACACUCCUGACGGUAAUAUAUCUGACAUUUCAAUGAUUGACUUUCAAAUAGUAAGAUACGGUUCUCCGGCUUUGGAUUUAACUAGUUUGUUAUAUUGUUGUACUACUGUAGACUUACGACGAAAGCAUUUAACAGAACUAUUACAAGUAUACAUCGAUUCGUUGACUAGCAUUUUAAAACAAACGGAUUGUUUAAAUAGUUACCCUAAUAUACAUCAGAACUUAUACGCAGAAAUUCGUCAGUACAGUGGUUUUGGUUUAGGAGUAGCUAUGGAUAUGAUACCUAUUAUGACAUGUGAUUCAGAUCAGGCUCCAGAUAUGUACAAGGAAGACACUAGUUGUGCAGGACCUAGUGUAGAAGCUAGUUAUGUUAACACCUCCAACGACGUUUAUCGGCAAAUGAUUGUUGAAUUAGUCAAGGAGUUAGUUGAUAAUGGAAGUUUAAAUUAAUUAACAAGAAAUAUAUAUAUAUAUAUAUUUUAUUUUCGAAUCCAUUUUGAUAGAGUAUUGUUUCAAUAGUUAUGAAUUAAAAUCAUCCCAUUUUAAAAAUAAAUAAAUACAAG